CUCCAACAGCGAUACUCUCGGAUCAGAGCUUUACUAAUUGAUCGGUCGAGUGUGAUACGAAAACAAAAGCCGAGCGACGCUCCAAAUAAAAGUUUAGUAGGCGCUACGUAAACAAACUCUGCGGGUUGUCUUCACUGGAGGUGCACAGAGCGACCGGUUCUAUCGAUUGAUUUGCGAGAGUUGCACUGAUAAUGACGCCCAAUAUAAAAGAGGAUGACGAUUGGAAAGUAUCUGGAAUAACGAGAACUUAUCCGAGCUAUCGCCAGCAUCGACCUAUUACAAGUGAAAGCUGGCUGGAGGGCAAAAAUGCUGAUGACGAGGCCGAAGGUCUUUGGCGCAUUAACGAUAAGCUUUACGACUUGAGCGACUUUGCCGCUCGGCAUCCGGGUGGUGCUUCUUGGAUAGAAUGCACCAGGGGCACGGAUAUCACCGAGCCCUUCGAGUCGCAUCAUAUCGAGGAACGAGCUCGCGGAAUGCUGAGCAAAUUCGAAGUUCGUAAGGCUGCUAAACCGAGAAACUACAAAUUCACUCUCAAAGAGACUGGUUUCUACAUGACCCUAAAACGGAGAGUGCGAGAAAAGCUGAGGAAAAUAGAUUACUCUCCCACCAAGAAAACAGAGUUCCUUCAUUUGGGUAUCCUGGUGUCCGUCUUCCUCUUUAGCUGGGCAGGUACACUUCUGGACUCAUUGAUCCUCCAGAGUCUAGCUGGCUUGUCCCUUUGCUGGGUAGCCACAUCCACCCACAAUUACUUUCAUCAGCGCGAUAGUUGGCGGAUGUACACCUUUAAUCUAACUUUGAUGAACUACCGGAACUGGAGAAUAUCUCAUGCCCUAUCACAUCAUGUUUAUGCUAAUUCGCUGCACGAUCUGGAGAUGUCAAUGUUUGAGCCGUUUUUAUGCUGGAUUCCUGAUCGUCAUUAUGCCAGUAAGACUCAGCGAUGGAUCUCUGUGAUUAUCUCUCCUGUGGUAUAUGUAGUCCUGUUUCAGGGACAGCUUCUCCUGCGCUUGGUUCUGUCAUUGACCCAAACAUACCGUUUGUACUGGGACGAUCUUAUCGGUUUGAGCCUACCGGUUUUUCUAUAUUUCUCCACCGGCGUUGGCCUGUUUGCAACUCUUGUUAGCUGGCAAAUAAUCCUAGCCGUGGGCAGUUUUAUUUUUGGUUUUAUUGGUCUCACAGCAGCUCAUCAUGAUCCUCGUAUUCUUCACGAUGGAGAUACUCAACGUCAGGACAUUGAUUGGGGUCUUUAUCAGAUGGAUACGAUCAUAGAUCGCGGAGACAUUAAGUGGUCUGAUCUCUUGGUGCUCACCCACUUUGGUGAGCAUGCCCUGCAUCAUCUAUUUCCCACACUGGAUCAUGGAGUACUCAAGCAGCUCUACCCUGAGCUAAAGAAAACAAUGAAAGAGUUCGACGUGGAACUGAGGGAGAUCAAUCACUGGGGUCACAUUAAAGGGCAGAAUGAGCAAUUGCUAAGGAUCAAAAAGAAUCCUCUGCCACCGGGUAGUAAGAAAUUAAAAUAGAGUUGGGCUGAGGCUUCUUUAUUUUACUAUAAAUUGUAGCAAAAUAAGUAAAUAAUGUGAUGGAAUAGGGGAUAGGGAUUAGACAAACAGACUUGUUAAAUUAAUCAUAGAUUAUUCUUUUUUGAUUUUCUCUUAUAAACUGAUUUUUUUUACAGUA